UUCUGAAAGACUAUUAAUGAUAAAAAGAAAUCGUUUAGAGGAACAGCGAGCUUUGAAAGGAAUUUUGAGAAAUAGCGUUCAAAAUGUUUACCUCACCAAACCCUCGUUGAUGUCUAUUCGAAAAAGUUUCCAGUGAUUAAAAUAACGUUUCCAUCCCGUGAAUUGAUGACGGGUCAAUGAGCUACACAGUCGGGCGAAAAAAUAGAACGAAGGUCAGCAAAAAGCUCGCUUUAUCAGCUGCAGCGUAAUCAUGUCGCGAAAGUUUGACAGCUGAUUCGGGUGCUGACUAACGAUGGCAGCAAGGUUAAGGAUUAGGUCGUUGUUUUUUGCGGGGUGGGCUCUAUUUUGGUACGUUUCGAUCGCGUGAGUGAAUCAUCGGCAAAAACCGUCACAAGGACACCGAAAUGGAAUCGAUCCGUCCGUCCAAGCGCCCUCCGUGCCCAACCGUCGACAAAGUGUUUCGUCCGUUCAGUGACCUAAAAUCCGUUCCUUAGCCCGGGUUAUCUGUGGUGUGGUGCCUGCAAAAACAACACGCAGCCUUUGCUCUCGAACCGGAAUCUCGGUGCAACGGUGGUUCAGUGUAAACAGUAUGAAAAUCCCUACCAGCAUCAACUGCUGCUGCUGCUGCUGCGGCUACAGGUGCAAUUGUCGUUAGUGGUGCAUCUCGGCAGAAUGCAAAUAAAAUAAAAUACCUAAAACCCCAUCCCGUGGGCUUGGUUGGUUCACGUCGCUUAUCACGCCGUCGCCGAACGGGGCCGGAAGUAGUCGGUGGUGCCCCGGGUUUAGUUCGCCCAGCCGGCGACUGGAACGGAUAAUAAGCAGCUGCAAUAAUUCUCAGCCUCAGCCGGUUUGUUUGCACCGGUUCGCUCUCGGUGCGCCUGGGAUAGUGUGGUGCGAGCUCUCCGAUACGCUCGGGGCGACUGCUAUUUUAUGCCAUUUCUUCCACCGAGAGGAGCCGGCCAAGGCGCAAGGCAUUUUCAUCCGGCAAUCGGGAAAAAUUUAUUUCGAUGGAAGAAAUGCAAUACUCUGGCUCGGAUGUCUCUAUUACUCUUUGACAUCCGGCAAAAAAAAGCAGCACCGUGACGAAAGCUCGAAGCAACGAAGGAACGAGCGGCGGCGGGAAAUGUUGAAAUAAAGAUAACCAAAUCAAAAAGCUCCAAACCGUGCCAGUGUCGAAGGAAGUGAAAGCACGAUUCCUUCAGUUCGAUGCUCAACUGCCCCACGAAGAUCGAAACCGUUACACCCUAAAAGAAAAAUCGAAAAGUUUAUAACAAUAUUUGAUCUGAGCCAAACACACGCAAACGGUUCGGGUGAUCUUUGGCGUCUUUUUACCGGCCAUCAUAGCUGCUGAGGAAACAUUUAAAGAAGAAAAGUGUAAAGCUUCGUUGUGUCUUGCGGUGACUGUUUUUGCCCCUGCUCGCUGGUAGCGCUUUUCAUCUUGCCGGUCACGUCCCGGUGUGGGCAGGCUUUCGGCUUCAGCCCAUUUUCUCGCCCCCUAUCCAAACAUCACGUCAGCGAAAACGGGCCCGCACGUCGAACUGCUCCGUAGCAUUACAACGACGCCUACCGACAGAAAAUUGAGACGCUAGAGAGGAGGGGGAGAUAAAAGAAAACGCUAACGGACGAAAACCGUUCACCAAACUCCGGGGGCCGAAAAAGUCGUCGCACGAAAAAUGUCGUCCAGAUCAAAGGAGAAAGUAACGGCCGCCAUUAGGAAGUUCUUCAAAAGCUCGGAAAGCAAGAGCAAGGAAAGUAAGGACAAGGAUGGUAACGGCACCCACACGGUCCAGGGACCGACAGAUGCUACAGAUUCGAACCACCUGCACCUACCCCACGGCCACCACCACCAUCCGCACCAUUCGUCUGCGGCGGGGACGGUUCACACCGGACAGGCAGCAGCAAGUGCCGCCAGUGGACCGGGUGGGCCGAGUGCGGGAGGUGUGGCGGGCAGCGGGACGAACGGGUGCGGAAGCGCAGUGUCGAAUGGUAACGGUGGCAGUAAUGGGAGCAACAGUGGCAACAGUAAAGCUACCACCGAUAGCCCCAUGCGGCGAUUACGAUGUGUUGUGGCCCCAACUACCACUCCCAUGGUGAAUGUUCCUCCUUCCAAACCCCUCGACACCACCAUCCGUUCGAGGCGACUCAUGAAAGAGCUGAAGGAAAUCGAACGGUUACAACACUCCCGGACGGAUCCAUGCUUUACGGUGGAGCUGAUCAACGAUAAUCUGUACGAGUGGCACGCCCGAUUGUUCCGGAUCGAUCCCGACUCACCGUUGGCCGAAGAUCUGGUCGAGCUGAACAUACCGUUCAUCCUGCUGCAUCUGGUGUUUCCAGAAAAUUUCCCGUUCGCACCACCGUUUAUGCGUGUCGUGGAGCCACGGAUCGAGAAGGGGUUCGUGAUGGAGGGCGGUGCGAUCUGUAUGGAACUGCUGACGCCGCGCGGUUGGGCGAGUGCCUACACGGUGGAAGCGAUACUGAUGCAGUUUGCGGCGAGCUUAGUGAAGGGGCAGGGACGCGUGUCGCGGAAACCGAAAUCGGCCAAGGAUUUCAGUCGACGGUCCGCCGAGGAAGCUUUCCGAUCGCUGGUGAAAACGCACGAAAAGUAUGGUUGGGUAACGCCGGCCCUCAACGAUGGUUAAAGCACUAAGCUACCCCUUAAGAAAAUGUAUUAGGAGAAACGCGUGGCAGUGUAGUUCCCGAAACUCGGUAUCAUUUCAUGUGACAAACCCUUGUACAUCCCGUAGCUAAUUCAAUGUAUCGGUUUUUUCUGAUGAUCUCCUAAAACCUCCCAUACAUUGCUCCAUCAACUCCUUAAACAAAUUCCAUCUCUUGACCCAUGCUUUAAGCUUAGAAACGAGCAAAACAGACCGAAUAGAAUCGCCGUAAAUUCUAUCCCUAUAUCAAAACACUGGUGAUAAUUUUGUCCCUUUAGAUAUCGAUGACGCCAACAUCCCGAAUAUCUUACCAUAAGUAACUAAGUAAUCGAAAAGUGAGUUAUACAAAAAAGUAAGUUAAGUUUUCAGAGCUUUUCCGAUUCCGUUCGAGAGACAGUAGGGUCCGUAUUUUACAAGCCCAAUCCCCCCUCCAAACAAAAGACCGUUAUUCCCUCCCGAAGCAAUGUACAAAGCAAAAGAUUAGUAAAACGUAAACGCAGAUAAAACUAGUUCGGAAAAAUCAGAUCAGGACGUAUUUAACUGUGUCAAGCGUACCGACCGAGAUAUGCCCUAGAAACAGGAAAUUGUAAACAAAUUGGAGUGCUCAACACCGCGUGCUGCGCCCAUCCUCCCAAACUCUGACGGUAAGCACGUGAAACCGACGACAAACAACUACUGGCUCGUGUGCUCAAAGUAUUAGUGCUAUACACAUAUGCAAACAGCAGCAGCAACGGAUCCUUUACAGAACACAGCCCGUUCUUCGCUUUUUGUGAUUGAAUGAGUUAGUAUUGUGUGUUAUGUGGCUGGAUGACUUUAGCGCGGCGGAAUCGACUUUAAACUAAGAGAAAAAAAAAUGUGGCUUUGUUUAUGAAAUUGUUCACCACACGUAUAAUGGUAUAAGAUUUUUGUAAAUAAACGGCAUAUUUUAAAUGGUA